CAUCUGUCUGAAUCAUCAUAAACUAAAGUGAAAACGCAAAAUGAAGUCAGCAGUUUCAUCGUCACUCUUCUUCCAUUCGAAGAAUCUUUUAAAACCUAAUCCUCUUUCUCGUCUCGAAUCCGUUUGUCUCCCUAAACCAUCACGAAGAUCGAUCGUGAAACUCCCAUCGUCGUCAACAUCAGGUUUAAGAUCCAUCUCCUCCUCCUCCUCCUCCUCCUCCAUGGCAUCCUCUUUCAAACCUGAACAAGCCAGAGUUCCCUCUGCUCUUCCCCUCCCAGCUCCUCCGUUGACCAAAUUCAACAUCGGAUUGUGUCAGCUAUCUGUGACGGCUGACAAAUCAAGAAACAUCUCUCACGCCAAAAACGCUAUUGAAGAAGCUGCUUCCAAGGGAGCUAAGCUUGUUCUCUUGCCCGAGAUUUGGAACAGUCCGUAUUCAAAUGAUAGUUUCCCGGUUUACGCGGAAGAGAUUGAUGCAGGUGGUGAUGCUUCUCCUUCAACCGCAAUGCUUUCCGAAGUUUCUAAACGUCUCAAGAUCACUAUCAUUGGUGGCUCUAUCCCCGAAAGAGUCGGGGAUCGUUUGUAUAACACUUGCUGUGUCUUUGGUUCUGAUGGUGAGCUCAAAGCUAAGCAUCGAAAGAUACAUUUAUUUGAUAUAGACAUUCCCGGGAAGAUCACCUUCAUGGAAUCAAAGACUCUCACUGCCGGAGAGACACCAACAAUCGUUGACACAGAUGUGGGGCGUAUUGGAAUAGGCAUCUGCUAUGACAUCCGAUUCCAGGAGCUAGCUAUGAUAUAUGCUGCAAGAGGGGCUCAUUUGCUGUGCUAUCCAGGAGCAUUUAACAUGACAACUGGACCUCUCCAUUGGGAACUACUACAAAGAGCAAGGGCUACGGAUAAUCAGUUAUAUGUGGCGACAUGCUCACCUGCCAGAGAUUCAGGAGCUGGCUACACUGCUUGGGGACACUCUACACUCAUUGGGCCUUUUGGAGAAGUUCUAGCGACGACUGAGCAUGAGGAAGCAAUCAUCAUAGCAGAGAUUGAUUACUCUAUUCUUGAACAACGAAGGACAAGUCUUCCACUGAAUAAACAGCGGAGGGGAGAUCUUUACCAGCUCGUAGACGUACACCGCCUGAACUCUAAAUGAAUGCAGCAGAGAGUGUGUGUACGUACAUCUUGAGAUGUUGUCUUUAGAUUGUGAGUUUCUUGGUUACGUGCAACUUCUUAGAGGUUAUUUCUCUGCAACUUUGUAGAGAUGAAAUAAAUAAAAACUUGAUGCUUGUGUUUAAAUUAAUCGAAAUAAAUGACUUGUUCUCAAAGU